AUGGGUUUAGAUCAGUCAUUUGUAACUAACGGUUCCUGGAAACCAGAUUUGUUUAAGGGGAAGGUUUUGUUUGUUACUGGAGGAGCUGGAACAAUAUGCCGAAUCCAAACUGAAGCAAUGAUUCUUUUGGGUGCCAACGCAGCUAUAGUAGGUAGAAACCCAGAGAAAACUAAACAGGCGGCCAGAGAAAUGGAUGAAUUGAGACCAGAUUGUAAGGUUAUUGCAUGUCCAAAUACUGAUGUUAGGGAUGUACACUCGAUUGCGAAAGCUGUGGAGAACACAGUGGAGCAAUUAGGAAGAAUUGAUUUCGUUAUUGCUGGUGCCGCUGGUAACUUCUUAAGCGAUUUCAACCACUUGUCAAGCAAUGCGUUUAAAUCCGUGGUUUCCAUCGACUUAUUGGGUUCUUUCAACACCGUGAAAGCUUGUUUCGAGCAGUUGAAGAAAAACAAGGGUUCUAUAAUCUUUGUUAGUGCUACAUUGCACUACUAUGGUAUACCAUUUCAAAUCCAUGUUGCUGCUGCUAAGGCUGGGGUUGAUGCCUUAUCCAAUGCAUUGGCUGUAGAAUUGGGUCCUCUUGGUAUCAGAAGUAAUUGUAUUGCCCCAGGUGGAAUUGAAGGCACAGAAGGUUUGAAGAGAUUGGUUCCUGACCUCGACAGUUUCACCUCAAAGAUUCCAAUGGGAAGGUUGGGUACUACUAGAGAUAUUGCCGAAGCUACAGUUUAUUUAUUUUCUCCUGCAGCAAGUUAUGUUACGGGUACAGUACAAAUUGUUGAUGGUGGAGCAUGGCACACUGGUAAUAAUUCGACAAGCCACUUGUAUCCGGUAAAGCUAGUUGAAUUGAACACUCAAAAAGUUAAUAAGUUAUAA